GAAUCGGAAUAUAUUGCAAAAUCCAAAAUGCAAUGACACAAUUAUAGGAUCGUGACAAAAAGGUGGUCCAAAUAGGAAUCAACUCCGAAAAUGAUAAAACUCCCAAGGUUCAAUCUGCAAAAGUGAUCGUCUCCGACGAUGGCGAUAUAAAACCACCGGGUAUGGCACGCCAUGGCACUCUGCAUUAUUGCGCUUUGCUUCAGUGAUUCAGUCGACCACACUUGAGAGUUGAGACCUCACACCGGCCGUCAGAGGCAACCAAUGGCGUCCACGGAGGAGCUGCCGUCGUUCAGGACGCCCGGCGCCGUGCCCUUCAAGUGGGAGCUCCAGCCGGGCAUCCCGAAGAAGCCGGCAGGCCACGGAGCCGCCGCUACAGCGCCACCGUCCUUGGCGCCGCUGCAGCUACCUCCGAGGCUCGCGCUGCCGCCCGGCGCCUCUGCACGCGCUGCAUCCACCGGCGGUGCGCGGUGGACAUGUCCGGCCUCGACGUCGGCGCGCUGGACCUUCGCUGGCGUGUCGUCGGCAGCGCUGCUAUCGCCGCCACCUACGGCGACUACGACGGCCCCGCGGCACCGGCGGUCCAUGUCCGCGCGGUUCGCGACGUCGCUGACGAUGCCGUUCACGCGGCGGCGUGGCCGGUCCAGGGAGGACACCGACGUCGCGUUCGCCGCCCUCUACGGCGACAGCAUCGUGCAGUAGUAGAUGCGUGCGUGC